AUGCUUGGCGCCAAGGAGCGCGUGCUCCUCGAGGCGGACGAUGGCGCCAAGGGCUGGGGCAGCCGGUCCGUCUUCGAGCGCUGCCCGGAGACGCGGGUCGCGACGCCUCGGACCGCGACGUUGAACACGGGCCGCGCCAUCCCGCUGCUGGGCUUCGGCACCUGGAAGCUGGCCGGCGACGCGAAGACGAAGGCCGUCGUCCGCGACGCGAUCCGAGCGGGCUACCGCGCGCGCCCGCGCCACAUCGAUACGGCGCGCAUGUACUCCAACGAGGCGGUCAUCGGCGAGGCCAUCGCCGAGGCCGUCGCCGCGGGCGACGUGACGCGCGACGACCUCUUCGUGACGACGAAGCUCUGGAACAGCGACCACGGCUCCAAGGUCGAGGCCGCGUGCCGCGCGUCGCUCGCGAGGCUCAAGCUCGACUACGUGGACCUAUACCUCAUUCACUUCCCCUUCACGGCGCCGGGCCCGACGCUGGAGCCGCCGCUCGGCGACACCUGGCGGGAGAUGACCAAGGUCUACGAGCUGGGCCUCGCGCGCGCCGUGGGCGUGAGCAACUUUUCCCUGAAAAAGGUCGACGCGCUCGAGGGCCUCGUGCCCGCGGUGCUGCAGGUCGAGCUCCACCCGCUCCUGCGCCAGACCGCGCUCCUCGAGGGCUGCGCGGCGCGGGGCAUCCAUGUCACCGCCUACUCGCCGCUGGGGUCCGCGGACUCGGCGGCGUUCAUGAAGCACGACGGCGCGUGCGGCCGCCUGCUCGAGCACGCCGAGGUCGCGAAGGUCGCCCGGAGCGCCGGGUGCACGACGGCCCAGGCGCUGCUCAAGUACGGCGUCCAGCGCGGCUGCAGCGUGCUGCCGAAGAGCUCCACGGCGUCGCGCAUCGCGGAGAACGCGGACAUCUUCGACGCGCCGCUGUCGCCGGGCGACAUGGAGGCCCUCGGCCGGUUGGAGCCGCAGACGCGCUUCCUG